UCUCUAAUUUCAUCCCAAUUCUCUCUCUCUCUCUCUCUCAUGGACGAGCUGCCUCCACACCUAAUCCACGAAAUCCUGAGCCGACUUAACUCCUCCCUCGACCUCGCCCGCUGCCAACUCGCCUCCAAGACCCUCGCCGCAGCCUCCGCCGAGGUCCGAUCGAUCAACCUCCUCUGCUCCUUCGACCGAUACACCAAGUCCCGCCUCCCUUCCACCAAACACCUCACCACUCCCUUCAAGAAAAUCUUCGCUAACCUCGUCUCGCGAUCGAGCCACGUGGACUCCGUCUCCAUCGGCGUCGAGAGGCCGCUGGGGGGCCUGUCCUACGACGACGUCGAGGACGAGGCGGACGAUCUGUACCUGAACGACGUCGGUUUCGUGAGGGAGUGGUUGCCGGGAGUGUGUGGACGGUUGAGAUCGUUUGAGGUGUCGGAUUUCUGGAUUCAGUCUUGUUGGAGGCGGUCGGAGGUUUUGUCUUUGAUUUCUUCGUGCUGCCACAAUUUGCAUAAAUUAGUGCUGAAGAAUGCUUGGCUGUCAGCCGAUGGCUUGAAUGCAAUGCCCACGCUCACUGAUUUGACUCUUGAAUUCAUAAGACUAGAUGAUGAGGACCUAGGCAAGGUGAACAGUUGCUUCCCAUCUCUGCAGAUUCUCAACUUAAUAGGGGUUGGAGGACUUAAGGAACCUAAAAUCCAUCUGUUGCACCUUAGGGAAUGUCGAUGGACGGUGUCCAAUGCUCCACUUUCUCUGACUAUACUUGCACCCAACCUUAUCAAACUCAAACUUGAGUGCAUAAAGCCGGGGUCACUUUUUAUCGAUGCUCCCCUGUUAUCUGAUUUCCAUCUAUCCAUUGAGAAAGCAUGCAACUUGGUAGUUAAGGAUUUUCGUGAUUUAAAAACCCUUCAUGUGGAGUCUCCAUAUCUAUGCACCCUAUUUGGCCAAUUUCAACAUGGCAGAUCAAUCAAGAAUCUUACAGUUGAUAUAUCAAAAUGGGCUGAAUCAGCUGAAAUGGCAAAUUUUAACCUUGAGCGACUGCUUGUUGCGUUUCCAAACGCGCAAUAUCUUACUCUGGGCCCUGGGUCUUGGUUGGAAGCGGGCACUUGCUUUCAUACAGGAGGUUCAGAAGUUAGUGUUGUCAGGACAAAAGAAAUUACUGCUCAUUUGUUUGUAAAAGAUGUUGAGAUUACACUGUCACUCAUUUUCUUUGUGUUGGAGAGAUGUCCUAAGUUGACAGAUAUGGCAUUGCUCAUCCACCGGGCAGUUGAGUCCUCUGUAGCCAGCGAUCUCAUGUCGAGGUGUAUGGCUCGUUCUGCUAGGGUGCGAUGGCGGUGGGGCUUCUGGAAAGAAGGAAUGAAAGAUGCCUGGGUUUCUGAUGGCAUUUAGACAGAUCCAAAGUUGUCAGUCACUUCGCUUAUGCUCCUCUACAGUUUGAGAUUGGAGGAUGUAAAUAUGUAAGUAUCAUUUCAUUGCCUACUAUUCGUUCAUAGUAGAAGAUAAGACGUACUCGGGUGGCUUUGGAUUGAUAGAAGGUUUUGGUUCGGCUUCUCUGUGAAUAAGUGGUCGAUGAUUUGUUGUUCUUGAUGCUACCCUCUAUACCUUGAAUCCUUUCUCCCACCUGCAUAUGAUAAAAUUCUGUCGUCGAGUAAAGGUAGUUGAAACAGUGUGAUGUUUGCGGAUAAAAAAACAAAAACAGUGUGAUGAUGUAUACCUUGUAGUAAAAAUGUACGGUAAGAGGAAAUGAUAUUAGUAUUCAUCUACAACUGAAGUUACAUCC